AGGGUCGCACUGGUAUAAAACAGAAACCACUUCGUGAAUUACCAUAGCAAUCGGUACGUCGUGAUCAGUCAGGAGUAAGAGCUAAACCUCCACUGACAGUUUUGGUUGAAAUUGUCCAUUUUUGCUGAAAAGGAGUUGGGCAUCGGAAACAACAGCUGUAACGUCAAUCAGACAUCUUUGGAAAAGCUGUUAUCACUUUGCAUUCCGACUCCACGAUCUGAGUGAAAGAGGAACUAAAGUUUUUAAAAGAAAAGAUCGAUCGAAGUAACUUCUGACAUCAUGUCGUCGACGACAUCAUGGAGACACCUGUUCUUCGCAGCCGUGGUCAUGUCCAUGGUCAUGGAGGGCCGGACCGACCCCGUGGCUAUACUUACUAAUCGUUUAAAUAACUUCGAGCGGAGUAUGAGGACCAUGUCCAACAUGAUGCUGGGCAGAAUCAUGAAUCUGGAAAAUCAAAAUAGGGCACAGACCAGGACCCUCACCACAUUGUCUGGAGACACGAAUGAGAGGAUGGACGAACUGUCUCGAACCAACGCCGAGCUCCGCCAGCAGAAUGCAGAGCUUCAGACAAUGCUGGGUACCUUUGAGAGGUUCUUUGGGUCGCUCCUGGUUGAUAACCCGGAUGCCUUUGACCAAUCAAGAGGUGCUGUGGAACGUAUAGACAGCCUCAAUGCCUUCCUCGGCAACAGAGCAGCCAUCCUUGCAGGAUUGCGACCUGACCCGGCAACAGUUCCAACCAAUGACACAGUUGACCAGGAAGAACUUGGUCGAGUCUUGACGCAGCUGUCGUCGGUGAACAGUAACCUGGAACAGAAGGUCAGCAAGCUGGAAAGACGGGUGGACAACGGGGCGGAGGCUGCAGGAGACAGGAGCUUGACCGGUGGAACCAAUGACAUCUUUACCCUGGAUCACUGCAGGGAUGGUUUAGUAACUCUAGAGGCAACUGUCAACGCGCUCACAACUACGCAACUCGACAAGGACAAUGCCGACCGCCUUGCUGGGUCACGUGAUGUUAUCUCAGCAGGAGACCGUGCCAUCCUGGAGGGGUCUGUGUAUGGAUCUGCCAGGGGUGUCAACAGCGUCCGCAAGUCUGUGUUCUCUGUGGCCAGUACACGCCCUCUGCUUGGCAGCACCGAAGCUACGACCGUCCCCUUUGAUUACACUUUCGUCAAUAAAGGCGAUCACUGGAACGGCACAAACCAGAAUUUCGUCUGCGGCAUCACCGGUAUCUAUUGGUUCCACUUUUCACUGCGAUCGUACGAUGGUCACUACAUGGGAGUGACGAUGAUGAAGAACGACGAGGUGGUCACGGCUAUGUACACGGAGAAGAGCGCCCGCAACGUUAUGGAGAGCCAAGGUGUGGUGCUCCCACUCGAGAUCGGGGACAAGGUCUACCUCCGACUGGGACCGUCCACGGAGUUCGCCGUCCACUCCGACGCCUACAAGUACGCGACCUUUUCAGGGUUCCUGGUCUAUAAAGGUCGCUGAAGAAGAAAAAAGUGCUGUCGCUUCAUAAUCAACAUGUGUUAUAGCGGAGCCGAAAAUAUGGCCCCCAAAGUUGCAUUCUUUCAAGAGGAUUUUAUACAAAAUGUGACAUCCAUUUUUGUAAAAACAGUUACAAAGUAGGCUCUAAUUUAAGCUUAUAUGGGUCGUUUCGAGUUAGCAUUCAUGAGAGAUACCGUACUAUGCAAAAACAGGUACAUAUGCAUUCAAAUAAUUGCGAACAUUGGGAAAAUAUGACCUUAUUUGGUGAAAUUUCUUCGCCUUAAAUUAUUUAUUCUUACUCAAAACGUAUAUCACCACGGUCAUGAGUUUACAAAGGCUACCAGUGGGAUGACCGUGAGGCCCGUUCUGUGUGAUAAUUUCAUACAUUUAACAUAAUGUUAAAGGUUUUCAACGAAUCCGUGUCAUUGGUGAGAUGUGAGAUUCUUGACGCGAUUUAAGGACAGUCACAGAGAUUUAUGAAAUGUGUGUACUUAUUACUGAAUUGCUUCAGAAUUUAUCUAUAUUGGUCAAAUCCAAGUGCCUUAUAAGCUCGCUGAAUGUAUACAUGUAUAAUAUUUUCUUUAUUACAUUCCAAAGUGAGCAUAAUCCUAUAUGAUUAGUGAUUUAUUAAAUCAAAAAAGAUAAAAAUCCAAACAAUUAAAAAAAUUGUCAAUUCCAUAAUAAUGAUUGUUGUAGAAAAUAACCCAUAGGCCAUAGUUAUACAGUAGGCUUGCGGGUGCACCAUGUGAGAGAGAGAGGAUUGAGGAGUCCUGAAAAGGACUCUGACUUGGUAAUCUUUCUUGGGGGUGUGUAGUCCUGAAAAGGACUGUUUGUUAUCUUUCUUAGCUUAUAGUUAUAGUUCUAAGGAGAACUUUACCGCUUGGAGAGGAUGAGUGGCUCUAAAAACCCGCAAGCCUACUGUAUAUCUACAUCACCAUGCAAGCCGACACUUACAAGCAGCAUCUAACCCUAUAGUUAUUGUAUAUUUUGAUUGUCAAUUCAUAAGAUUCCCUCAUUUUGCAAAGAAAAAUAAAGAUUGCUAUUGCUUUCCCCAUUUGUGUCUGCAUCUGAUGAUUGUUGUAACAGUUCUUAAAAAGGCUAGAUUGCAAUCCCAUCAUAAACAUAUGGCGACGAUUUACGGUGCAAUCAUUGGAGGAAUUUGAAAACGGCUGAUAUUUUUCCCUCUUCUAAUUCUUCACCAUGAUAUGUGUUACGUAUUUGUCAUUAACUUUAUAGUCUAGACUUGUACACUUUAAGAAAUAAGAGUGUAAUUCUGCUACGAUAGCAGCACCCUCUGCCAAAUACGCGUAGGUGGAUGCAAAUUCUGCACCCCAAUUGAACCCUUAUUUCUUAGUGUGUACAUGUAUAAUAAAAUAAAGCUCUGAUCUACGUCGAACAACAACAAAUAUAAUUUUAAACAAUGUAACGCCCGCAUUCUGUCUCAGUUUAUAGUGUCCAGAUAUAGCAAAUUAAAUUUGACAGAAAGGGUGAUUGAUUAUAACAUCAAAUCUCAAACAAAAUGUUAGUUUUUAUAAGAAUAAAGAGUACGAAAAAGAUA